UUAGUUGAUCUUUAUAGGAUAAAUAGUAGGAUGGAGAGCUAAGAUGGUGCACUUGUUUGUUUUCUUUCCCUAAACCAUGGAAAGUGUGGGAGAUUUGGAAAGAGAUCUAGAGGCUAUGAGGGAAUAUUACAGUCAGGGAAAGACCAAGGAAGCAUCUUGGAGGAAGUCACAGCUCAAAGGGUUGCUUACUCUCCUAAAGGAGAAAGAGGAAGAUAUCUUUAAGGCUCUUAAGCAGGACUUGGGAAAACAUCAUGUUGAGGCCUUCAGAGAUGAGAUAGGAACCUUGACAAAGUCGCUGAAUAAUGCAUUGGGGUCUUUAAAAGAAUGGAUGUCAGGUAGAAAGGCUAUACUGCCAAAGAUUGCUGUGCUUAGUACUGCUGAAAUUGUUCCAGAGCCGCUUGGCCUUGUCCUCAUUUUUUCAUCCUGGAAUUAUCCCUUUGGACUGUCCUUGGAACCAAUGAUAGGGGCAAUAGCUGCUGGAAACACAGUGGUUCUAAAGCUGUCGGAGUUAGCUCCUGCCUGUGCUUCUCUUUUAGCGGAUACUAUCCCCAAUUUUGUGGACAAUAAGGCUGUCAAGGUUUUCCAAGGUGGACCAACUGUUGCUGAACAACUCCUGCAGCAGAAAUGGGACAAAAUCUUCUUUACAGGAAAUGCACGUAUUGGACGGCUUGUUCUUUCUGCUGCUGCAAAGCAUCUGACACCUGUUACUCUGGAGUUGGGUGGAAAAUGCCCUGCUGUUGUUGAUUCCCUUUCUAGUUCUUUUGCCAGGAAGGCUGCUGUAAAGCGAAUUGUUGUUGGAAAAUACGGGGCCUGUGCUGGACAAGCGUGCAUAGCAAUAGAUUAUAUCCUUGCAGAAAAGAAAAAUAUACCAACUCUGGUAGAGAUGAUGAAGGCCAUCAUCAAUGAAAUGUUUGGAAGAAACCCAAAAGAAUCACACAGUAUUGCAAGGAUAAUAAACAAACAACAUUUCUUGAGAUUGAAGAAUCUUCUGGAGGACCCAAAUGUUAAGGCUUCUAUUGCUUAUGGUGGUUCAUUGGACGAAGAUCACUUGUUCAUAGAGCCAACAAUCUUGGUGGAUCCCCCACUUGAAGCAGCAAUCAUGACAGAAGAAAUCUUUGGUCCAUUGCUUCCAAUAAUUUCAUUGGAGAAAAUUGAAGACAGUAUACAAUUUCUGAAUUCAAGACCCAAACCACUUGCUAUAUAUUGUUUUACCAAAAAUAAAUCACUGGAGAGACGGAUGAUAUCUGAAACAUCAUCCGGAGGCGUGGUGAUCAACGAUGCAGUUAUUCAAUAUGCUGCUGAUUCCCUCCCAUUCGGAGGAGUUGGUGAAAGUGGGGUGGGCAGGUACCAUGGAAAGUUCUCAUUUGACACAUUCAGCCAUGAGAAGGCCAUCACAAGAAGAAGUUUUCUCACUGAUUUUUGGUUUAGAUAUCCUCCAUGGAAUGCUCACAAGUGGCAACUCCUUGAGUGCGCUUAUAAUUCGGAUUAUCUUGGAUUACUCCUUGUCAUACUGGGCUUGAAGAAACCUAGAAGAGGAUCAUACCACCCUGCAUAUUCCCACUGAGAGAUCGAUUGCAAAUAUUCAUUGAAAGAUGAAAGGGGAAGAAUAGAAACAAAUUAAACAUGUUUAUUUGAAGAGUCCUGUGAUUUGGACAUGCUUUCCCUGUGUCUGUGUGCUUAAGCAAAAAUUUUUUGCAAGGGGUGAAAGUUUGUAGCACUCGUAUGCAGAGUGGGGGUUGUAAAUCGUGACGUCUCUUGAAUUACAUUAGGCAUUGACUGAUAUGUUGUUUACGUAUAAAAAAACCAACAAAGACUGAUAAUACCUAGUGACUGA